AUGGGUGUUGAUCCUGAGGCACAGUUUCAUGUGCUGGCCGUGGACGACAUGACAGUCUCAUCGACAGAAAGCUCAUUGAGAGGCUUCUCAGGACAUCUUCCUACCGAGGGAGGCACUCUCACUGCUAAUGUUACCACAAUGGAUUCAGGGAGCAAAGCCUUGGAAGUGUUGGGGUUGAUGGAGGACCAGGAUAUCUCAUCACCUGCCUCCACAUAUAAAAAUCAAAUUGAGGUGAAUUUGGUGAUAACAGAUUGUUGUAUGCCUGGGAUGACAGGGUAUGAUCUGCUCAAGAAGAUCAAGGUAGAUUUGAUGGUUGCUCUCUCCUCUUAG